ACAACAUUUUCAUUACACUACCCUUUCAGCCGUUCAUUUAGAUUCAACCAUCUAUCACUUAGUACUAGUAUUCCUUUUCUUUGCACUAUCUGUUGCUAGUUCCUGAUUAAUAUAUAUUACGAUAUAUAUUAGUAAUCCUCCCCAAUCAUAGUUUUUAAUUCGACUUCUUUUUAGAUUUUAUAAAAAAGGCGUUUAACAAAUGGGAAAUAGCCCGUCCAGAGACGACAAUGAUCCCCUACCGAAGUCCUCAACCAAUUCAUCAUCAUCAACAAGUGGAGGUUCAACUGGUAAUACCGACUUAGAGUCUGAUGAGAAAACUCGUCCUCCGCUAUCGCAAUCAAAUCAUCGUCCUAAACGAUUAACGACUACUAAUGAAUCAGGUAAAGAGAGUAAUCAUAAUGUUUCUACUUACUCUACUAGCCCUGCCAUUAAUAUUGGUAACGUUACUGAUCAAAAAAGUACUAAACAAAGUCACAACUAUUUAGAGCUUCCAAAGAAGCAAAACAGAAAGCAAGGAUUGCCGGGUUCACCAAACCUGGAUUAUGACUUGGAUUUAGAAAUUGGUAUGUCCAUGGCUAUGCUCUUAAAAAGUCAACAAGAUGAAGAUAGUUACGGUCCCUCGUCAUUCUCUUCUAAUGAAAGCAAAAGCUCGCUGACAUUAUGUCUGUCUGGUAAUAAGGAUGAAGAUACCCUGGUACUGUCGCUUAAUUCAUCCCCUUCUCUAGCCAAUAAAUUUUAUCUCAAAGAAGAAUCCAAAGAAACGGUUUCAUUGAAUAAGUUGGAUGCAAUUGCCGAGAUGAACUCGUUGGAAUCAACACCGGAGCCAAGAAGGGGUGUUUCUUCUUCGGUAAAUGGUCUGGAAAGCAUAGGUUUGUCUCAUGAGAACUUGAAGAAACAUAGUAAAGCAGGCUCAACCCGUCAAUUAACAAAGAAUGUAUCAUCAAGCUCGUCUAGUGUUUCCAACUCACCACCCAUGGUUCAUACAUCUCGAAAGUUAGAAAUCGACAUUGAUGAAAUUAUCGAUCGUUUACUUAGGAUUGGAAUUAAAAAAUCAUCCAGUAAAAAAGAUAAAUUGCCAGUUGUGGAGCACGAAAUAAAAUAUAUUUUAAGCAAGAGUAGACUGAUCUUUUUAGAGCAACCUACGUUGUUAAGGUUAUCUCCCCCGGUCAAGGUUGUUGGAGAUGUUCAUGGGCAAUUUCACGAUUUAAUUCGAAUUUUCAAUUGUUGUGGUUACCCUCCGUACUCAAACUAUCUUUUCCUUGGUGACUAUGUCGAUCGUGGAUAUAAAUCUUUAGAGACUAUCUUAUUGUUACUCUGUUAUAAGAUUAAGUAUCCAGAAAAUUUUUUCAUGCUUCGUGGAAACCACGAGUCUGCAAAUAUAACCAAGAUUUAUGGUUUCUAUGAUGAAUGCAAACGGAGAUUGACCAACCGAAAGUUAUGGAAGAACUUCAUUGAUGUGUUUAACACUCUUCCUAUUGCUGCCACUAUCAAUGACAAGAUCUUCUGUGUUCAUGGGGGCCUCUCACCUGAUCUUCAAGACCUCAAGAAUAUUGAGCAAAUCAAGCGUCCUACCGAUGUUCCUGAUCGUGGUCUACUUGCUGAUUUGCUUUGGUCCGAUCCUGAUCCAUCAAUCAAGAACUUCUCUCUCACCUGGCCGAAGAAUGACAGAGGAGUGUCAUACUGUUUUGGGCGUAAACAUGUAGAUUACUUCUGCCAACAGUUUAGAAUGGACUUAGUUGUCAGGGGGCACAUGGUUGUGGAAGAUGGGUAUGAAUUCUUCAAUAAGAGAAGGUUGGUGACAAUAUUCAGUGCACCAAAUUAUUGUGGAGAAUUUAACAAUUUUGGAGCCAUUAUGAGUGUGGACAAGAAUCUCUACUGCUCGUUUGAGUUGAUCAAACCAAACUGAGAAAUAUUCGUUUGUUGGUGAACAUAUUUUAUGCAUUAUUUUUGUAUCGUCUGUUCCUUCACAUUAGUUGUGAUAAGUAUUAUAUUUGGCCUUGUAACAUUGCCUAUGGCUUAACGAGAUUAUGUUAAUGAAUGCUUUUUAUUAUACUAUCAGUUAUUUUUAUACUAUUAUAUACCUUUGUUUUUAUAUUAUUGUAUUUGCUAAACCAGAAUUUCAACGUGGGUUGUAAUGAUUCUAUGUAAUGAUAUAUAUACAUAGCAAAUAAAUAAACAUUAAAAUAAAAUGAAAUAGAUCGGU